UUCUACACGAAGGGCACGGACGUUGUGGGCAAUCUGACAAUCAAUCCUGCGACCCUGACGAUCACGACGGAGAGCGCGGAGAAGGAAUACGACGGCACUGAGUUGACGGCUGACGGUUCCAUCAGCGGCUUCGUGAACAACGAGACGGCAACGUUCGCGGUGACGGGCAGCCAGACGGAGGUCGGCAGCAGCACGAACAGCUACAGCCUGACGUGGGACGGCACGGCCGUGUCCACGGACUACACGCUGAGCGAGGACCUUGGCACGUUGACGGUGAAGAAGAGCACGAAGGAGCUGUACGUGGAGAGCGCCGACGGCGAAUGGACGUACGACGCUGCGGCUCACACGAACCACACGUACACGGUGCACUACGGCACGGAGACGAUCGCGGGCACGGAAGGCCAGACGACGUUCACCCUGAGCACGGGCGACGUGUUGACGGUGACUCCUUCUCAGGAGGCGACAAUCACCCACGUGUCGGAGAACACGGUGUCCAACGCGUUCACGUGGACGGUGGAGAACGAGCCGUUCUACACGAAGGGCACGGACGUUGUGGGCAAUCUGACAAUCAAUCCUGCGACCCUGACGAUCACGACGGAGAGCGCGGAGAAGGAAUACGACGGCACUGAGUUGACGGCUGACGGUUCCAUCAGCGGCUUCGUGAACAACGAGACGGCAACGUUCGCGGUGACGGGCAGCCAGACGGAGGUCGGCAGCAGCACGAACAGCUACAGCCUGACGUGGGACGGCACGGCCGUGUCCACGGACUACACGCUGAGCGAGGACCUUGGCACGUUGACGGUGAAGAAGAGCACGAAGGAGCUGUACGUGGAGAGCGCCGACGGCGAAUGGACGUACGACGCUGCGGCUCACACGAACCACACGUACACGGUGCACUACGGCACGGAGACGAUCGCGGGCACGGAAGGCCAGACGACGUUCACCCUGAGCACGGGCGACGUGUUGACGGUGACUCCUUCUCAGGAGGCGACAAUCACCCACGUGUCGGAGAACACGGUGUCCAACGCGUUCACGUGGACGGUGGAGAACGAGCCGUUCUACACGAAGGGCACGGACGUUGUGGGCAAUCUGACAAUCAAUCCUGCGACCCUGACGAUCACGACGGAGAGCGCGGAGAAGGAAUACGACGGCACUGAGUUGACGGCUGACGGUUCCAUCAGCGGCUUCGUGAACAACGAGACGGCAACGUUCGCGGUGACGGGCAGCCAGACGGAGGUCGGCAGCAGCACGAACAGCUACAGCCUGACGUGGGACGGCACGGCCGUGUCCACGGACUACACGCUGAGCGAGGACCUUGGCACGUUGACGGUGAAGAAGAGCACGAAGGAGCUGUACGUGGAGAGCGCCGACGGCGAAUGGACGUACGACGCUGCGGCUCACACGAACCACACGUACACGGUGCACUACGGCACGGAGACGAUCGCGGGCACGGAAGGCCAGACGACGUUCACCCUGAGCACGGGCGACGUGUUGACGGUGACUCCUUCUCAGGAGGCGACAAUCACCCACGUGUCGGAGAACACGGUGUCCAACGCGUUCACGUGGACGGUGGAGAACGAGCCGUUCUACACGAAGGGCACGGACGUUGUGGGCAAUCUGACAAUCAAUCCUGCGACGCUGACAGUGACGACGCAGAGCGCGGAGCGCGAGUACAACGGCGAGGCCCUGACGGCCGGCGGUACGGUGACGGGCUACAAGAACAACGAGACGGCGACGUUCACGGUGACGGGCAGCCAGACGGAGGUGGGCAGCAGCACGAACAGCUACANACAACGAGACGGCGACGUUCACGGUGACGGGCAGCCAGACGGAGGUGGGCAGCAGCACGAACAGCUACACGCUGGUGUUCGACCAGACGGCGGCAGAGACGGACUACACGGUCAGCGAGAGCCUCGGCACGCUGAAGGUGACGGCGAACACGACGACGCUGACGAUCGUGUCCGCUACGGACAGCAAGGAGUACGACGGCACAGCCCUGACGGCUCCGACGUACACGGUGACCUACGGCGAAGAGAGCGGCACGGCGACGGCGAACGCUGA